AUGCCUGCGCUUGAGAUAUGCGGCGUCGUUCUUGGUGUCAUACCGCUCGUAAUCUCCGCGCUGGAACACUACAAAGCCGGCAAAGGCGCGGCGGCUGCGUUCGUCAAGUGGCGCGGGCAUCUUGACACUCUCAUCUUCCGGCUCAAGCUCCAGAGGACCUUCUUCUAUCUGCAAAUCCUCGAGCUCCUCCGCGAGGCACGGGUCGCGCAAUUGGAAGACCGGAUCGAUCUGACAGAGGAACAAUGCGUGGCCGUCCUCUGCGAUAAGCACACCGGCGAGGAGGUCCGGGAGUACCUCGGCCUCUUGCACGAUACUUUUGUGGAGGUCUUGAGCCGUUACGAGCUGUGUCUCAAGACGAUCGUCGCGAAGAUAGGCCACAUCAGACGACUUCCGGACGCACAAAAGGAUGACCUUGCAGCUAUACUUGCUGCGAACACAUCCCGCAAUGGGACAUUCUCAUUUCGAGAAAGGCUGAGCUUCACGAUCGAAAGGGGGAGCCUGAAGGGUCUCCUCGAAGAGUUACGCGAGAAUCGGCUUUCGUUGAAGACCAUUAUCAAAGGGCUCAAGACACAGCGGGAGUACCUCGCGAAGGAGCCCAGCCACGAUGCGCAAAGACUUGCCGCAAACUUCCGCGAAGUCCAGCAGACGGCAUCUGCGCUGUUUCCUGCCAUGUGCAAGUGUUGUUCGUGUCCUUGCAUGACCGGGCACGGCUUGUUGCUGCGCCUCGACAAUCGAGUGCCGAUACAGCGUGUCAGAGCAAAGGUGGGGAAGAGGGCAGACGAGCCGACGACAUUCAGCCUCUUCAUGGGGCUCGAGAAGUCUCUCCAGGAAAUAUCGGUGAAUGCCUACCACAUGGACCCGACUGAAGAAAGCCCAGUGACGGCAAAAUUUUUUGGUCAAGACAUACCAAAAAAGACGGUUGAUUUCGCCAUUCCCACAUUAUCCAUCACUGUCCAUGAGGAACAUCGCCCGCGCUUCCGAAACUGGGAGCCCAUAUCCGAUAUUUGUCACAGCGCCAUGAUCGCCUUUAAGAAGGAAUAUCUCCUGAGGCUGCAUCUGAUGGCCGAUGCUCUGUCGUUAGCCAACGAGACAAGAGAAGCCCGGCGGGAAGUUGCCAAAUCAACGACUUUGGAACAGUUUCUACGCCGCGGCUGCUUGGACGAAGAUGCGCGCAUGACUCCAAAGCAGCAAACGAUUCUUGCCCUUGAUAUCGCAGCCUCAGUGUUGCAGCUACGACAGACGCACUGGUCCUUGUUCCCAUGGACGAACAAACGCAUCCGGUUCCUGCUUUCAAGACAGGGCGAACUCUUGGGUCCUUUCGUCGAAGAGUUGAUCGACAAGCGGACCGGCAAAACGCCCCUGGACCCAAUCCCCCAAGGCCCCGACCCUAAAGAGGCUUUGCUAGAGCUGGCAAUUUUGCUCCUGGAGAUCUGGCAUCACAGGCCGCUCGAGAUGUGGGCGGCCAAAUUGGGCAUGGAGUUCGUCGACACGCCCGAGGCACGAAGAAUCGCCGCCAUCCGGUGGCUGGAGCUUACGUCGGACAGGUUGCCGCCCCACCACCUGGCGGCGAUCGAGCAGUGUCUGGCAUUCUGCUCCGGCAGGCUGAGGGCCUGGGACGAUGGCGAGUUCCAGAAGCUGUACUGCGAGAAUGUCGUGAAGCCGCUGCGGGAGAGCUGCAAGGCGUGGCAGGCCUAA